AUGCGUGCCAAUACCAGAAUGCUCAGCACCCUGACAGCUGCUUCCCUCCUGUCCGCCCUUGCCUCUGCUGGCCACGUCGAGAUCACUCUUCAAACGCGCUCAUCUCAUGGCCCAUCGUUGAAGGCUCGGAACGUUGAACCAGCAGACGUACCGCUAACGAUCGGUGAAAAUCUGACAAUCGGAACGCCACCACAGAAAUUCAAUCUUACACUCGAUACGGGCAGUAGCGACCUCUGGGUGCCCUAUGUCGACGACGAAACGUGCAAGAGCCAGAAAAAUGGCUGCCCCGGAGGCUCUUUCGACCCCACCACAUCCUCGACCUUUGCCAACGACACGAGUCAUACCAACUUCACCGCUCUCUACGGCGACGGAACCAAGGACAUUGGAUACUACUUCUACGACACUGUUACCCUUGGUGGCACGACUGUCAAGAACUUCACCAUGGGACUAGCCGAAACUACGCUGGAUGGUACUAUCACCAACGAUGGGCAAGGAAUCUGCGGUAUCUCGUACAGAAGUGGAGAAGCUGCCGAGGGAUGGUCUCACCCGACCAUAUACGAGGAAAUGGUUCUACAAGGCUUGAUCGACAGAUCGGCUUACAGUUUGUAUCUCAAUGACUUCCAGAGUGGCGAGGGCUCGAUCCUUUUCGGAGGUGUCGAUUCAAGCAAGUACCACGGCGACCUGACUGUCUUACCUUUGCAGCCCGACCAGAACGGGUCAUACAACGCAUUCUGGGUUGCCCUCACCGGUGUCUCCAUCAAAGAUGAUCAGGGGACCAACUCUCUUACGGCAGACGACUUCACUGGGGUGUACGCGCUCCUUGAUAGCGGCACGACUUCGACAAGGUUGCCCGCCGACAUCUGGAACGCAUUGGUCGAAGACUUGGGUAUCGUUGUGACGAGCAAAGGGUACUUCGUGCCAUGUGCCCUAGCAGACAUCGACUCAGGCAUCACCUUCACUUUCGGCGGGUCUUCCGGGCCAACACCAAUGGUGCCGUUCUCUGCGUUGAUGUACCCGUUUGUGGCCGCGACGUCCGACGAGGGUGUACCGCUCUGUUACUUCCUGGCCGGGCCCAGCGUACAGGGUUUGACGAUCCUGGGAGACUCAUUCCUUCGCUCGGCCUACGUCGUCUACGACAUCCCCAACAACCAAGUUUCCAUUGCCAGCGCGGCGCUCAACGACACGGCAACGUCGAUCACCGCUAUCCCUACCGGAACUAGCAUCCCUCUGCAAGCAGCACGGCAACCUUGUUACUCCCGUAUUCAGACGCUAUCGCCUCCGCCUCGGCAUCGGCAAUUACCUCGUAUGCGGGAGGUUCAGCGACGAUGA